AACUCCUGUCUUGUAUUCUAGGAACUGACUGACUUACAGAGGGAUCCGCCUGCUCAGUGUUCUGCAGGACCUGUAGGUGAUGACUGUGAGUAUUUUUCCAGAGGAUUCCAGAAGUGUUCCACUGGCAGGCGAGCAUCAUGGGCCCGAAUGACAGUCCUUACCAAGGAGGUGUUUUUUUCCUGACCAUCCACUUCCCUACAGAUUAUCCUUUCAAGCCCCCAAAGGUUGCUUUCACUACCAAAAUCUAUCACCCUAAUAUAAACAGCAGUGGCAGCAUUUGCCUGGACAUCCUGAGGUCACAGUGGUCCCCAGCAUUGACUGUGUCCAAAGUUCUCUUGUCCAUCUGUUCUCUUCUCUGCGACCCCAACCCUGAUGACCCACUGGUGCCAGAAAUAGCCCACACCUACAAGGCCGACAGAGAGAAGUAUGCAUCCUCUUUGGGUUGGCUUUGUGUGCAACUGCCCCCAGUUCCCACGGACAUCUUCCUCCCAAGCCAAGCCCAUGAAUGCAGUGUAUGCAGAUACAACAGACUAGCAAGAGAGUGGACACAGAAAUAUGCUAUGUAAGAGCCUCGAAGGCUCCAUGGGAGACACUGUCCAAGAGAAGCUUGCCAGGCAGAGUGGCCUUCCUGUGAAGCUCUGAGCUAUUGGCUAAGGCACUCACAGAACAUCCUCCGUUCACACGCGAGUUGGCCACUCGCUUCCUCUGGCUGCAGCAUGUUGGUGGUGCCACUUUCAGCCAUUGUGGCCUUGACAGUAUCACACCUUUGAUGCCAAAUCAGCAACCAUCCUUAUGAUCUACAGUCUUCCUUGUCACUGCCUGUCUCUGGGGAAUCAAGCCAUGCAUGCCUCCCCUACUUGUCCUCAAAUGGUGCCACCCAGUCUGUUCCCUAAACAUGGCCUUUGCCUUUAGAACACAGUGCUAUCCUGAGGGCCCAGGGCAGAGUGGGCUUUCUUCACACUCUGUCUGCCACAGAACCAUGUCCUCAGGAGCUCCUGGGAACUGGAAGGGCAAUCCGUGAGAGUGCUUCUGCUGUCUUCCACCUCUGCCCUCUGUAGUGCUAUGUGCUGCAUUCCUCUCCUCACACCCACAGCACGUGGGGAACAUCAGGAUGUAUAAAGCACGGAACACCCCAGGAGGAUGACGUCAGACAGAGAGGUGGGGUUAAGCUUUUGUAGGUGCUGAGGCUUUCCCCACUCUUCUCCCACUGGGAACCUAACAAGAAGUUCAAGCAUAAGACAUUCACAGACUGGAACACGUGGAAGGAGAGGAACUUCAAAUGCAAAUAAAAAUGAAAUUCCUUCAGAACUA